UUCCCCUCCAAGUGAACUGGCGUAAACCGAGAGAAGGGGAAAAGAGGAUUUCUUCAGCUCUCCGCGAAUCGAGAGAGUUAAAGACUGGAGCGGUGAAAAGCUUUUGUGGGGGUCGAGCGCCGGCGAGAAUGGCUGCUUCCAAGACUGCCAUGGCCUCCCUCAUCCACUACCGCCCGCUAACCUGCGCCGCCUCCGCCUCCGCCUCCGCCUCCCAACCCGCGCGCCUCGUCCCCCACGCGCCGGACCUGAUCAAAUGGGUCCGGCGGGAAGGCGGGUUCGUCCACGAGGCCGUGAGGAUCGCCCAGGACGAGCUCAGUGGCCUGGGCUUGGCCGCCGCCGACAAGAUCCCCAAAGGCUCCGACUUGAUCGCUCUUCCCCACCAUGUGCCGCUGAGGUUCCAACCGGACGGCUGGGCCGAAUCCGUGCUGGCCGACUUGGCGAGCAAGGUCCCAGAGGAAUUAUGGGCGAUGAAGUUGGGUUUAAAGCUUCUUGGAGAAAGAGCAAAGAUUGGCUCCUUCUGGUGGCCCUACAUCAGCAAUCUUCCUGAGACUUACGGUGUACCCAUUUUCUUUCCGGGAGAGGACAUUAAGAACUUGCAGUAUGCUCCUCUACUUUAUCAGGUAAACAAGAGAUGCCGAUUUCUUCUUGAUUUUGAGAAGGAAGUUAAGAAUGCCAUCAGCGAUUUUAACAUGAUGGAUCAUCCUUUUGGAGGACAAGAUAUUAAUGCAUCUUCACUUGGAUGGGCCAUGUCAGCUGUCUCAUCUAGGGCCUUUAGGCUAUAUGGAAAGAAGUCCCUAACAGGGGCCUAUAGCGAUGUGCCUAUGAUGCUUCCUCUUAUAGAUAUGUGCAACCAUAGCUUUGAUCCAAAUGCACGUAUUGUCCAGGAGCAAGGUGAAGAACAACCAGAAAUGCUAGUCAAGGUUGUUGCCGAGAAAGAAAUCGGAGCAAAUGAUCCUUUGCUUCUUAAUUAUGGUUGUUUGAGCAAUGCUUUUCUUCUGGAUUAUGGAUUUGUUAUACCUUCAAAUCGAUAUGACACUAUCGAACUUAAGUAUGACGGAGCUCUUCUAGAUGCUGCAAGUUUGGCUGCUGGGGUUUCGUCACCAAAUUUCUCUUCACCGGCUCCAUGGCAGCAAGAGAUCUUGUCCCAGUUAAAUCUAUAUGGAGACACUGCAGAUCUCAAGGUAACUCUAGGAGGUCCAGACUUGGUAGAGGGCCGCUUGCUGGCAGCUCUGAGGGUACUCCUCGAAAGUGAAAAUGAAUCGGCAAAACACGACUUGAGCACUCUUAAAUCUAUUUCGGCUGAGGCUCCAUGCGGAAUUGUGACGGAAGUGGCCGCCUUUCGUACCAUCAUUGCUCUCUGCGUGAUCGCAUUGGAACAUUUUCCCACCAAAAUAAUGGAGGACGAAUCCAUGUUGAAGAAAGGGGUUCCUGAUACAACGAAGUUAGCUAUCACGUUCAGAAUUCAAAAGAAGUCGCUCAUCGUAGAUGUGAUGAGAGACCUGUCGAGAAGAAUAAAGUCGCUGCUGUCGAAAGAAACAGUCUCUGCAAAAGGCUAAGCGAAAUCGUGACUUAAAGAGUUGUCCUCAUCCUCGGCCUUUCUUUCAGAUGAAAAGGAAAAUAGCUUCUAGUUUUAUUUUUCUAGGAAUUCUUUUCUGGGUUCAUUUGAUUAUGUGAUGGUACUUCGCGCUAGUAUUUUGGUGCAGAUGAUUCCUUGUAAUGUCAAAUUUCCUGUUCAAGUCU